AACAAGUUAAAUUACUUUGGGCCCCACUCCACUUCCCAGCUCCCACUUUAAUGCUUUUCCUCUAACUAAGCCAAGCCUGACGUGAGCAUCUUCUCUCUCUCUCUCCCGUUCUCUGUCUCUUUCUCUACUAAAUAAAGCCAAGCUCCACUUCACUUCCUUCUCAUCUCUCUCUCUCUCUCUCUCUCUCUUUCUGAGCUCUCUCUCUCUCUGCUUUCUGCAACAGAGAAAAAUGGCUCAGACCGCAUUUCUUUACUUGGCCAUUUUCUCAGCCUUCACACUCACUGCGCUGUUUCCUUCCACACUCUCUCGCAGCUUAUCAGAAGAAACAUCCACGCUUCUCGACGUCUCUGCCUCCCUCACCCAAGCCCAUGUCGUCCUCUCCUUCAACCCUGAAACCCUCAAACCAUUGGACCGCCAAGAAACCCAGGCCCAGACCCAUUCUCUCACUCCUCUCAACUCCUCCUUCUCUCUCCAACUCCUUCCCCGCGACGCUCUCCACAACUCACAACACAAGGACUACGAAUCCUUAGUCCUCUCCCGACUCGGUCGCGACUCCGCCCGAGUCAACUCGCUCCACACCAAGCUCCAGCUGGCGGUUCAGAACAUCAAGAAGUCCGAUCUCGAACCCAUGCACACCGAGAUCCGACCCGAGGACCUCUCCACCCCGGUCGUGUCGGGUGUGAGCCAGGGAAGCGGCGAGUACUUCACGCGCAUCGGCGUCGGCACCCCGGCCAAGUCCUUGUACAUGGUGCUCGACACCGGCAGCGACAUCAACUGGCUCCAAUGCGAGCCUUGCUCUGACUGUUACCAACAAACCGACCCGGUUUUCAACCCCACCGGAUCCUCCACUUACCACCCGGUCACGUGCGACUCCGCGCAAUGCCAUUCUCUUCAUGUGUCCGCCUGUCGUGCCGACAAGUGCCUCUACCAGGUGUCCUACGGCGACGGGUCAUACACCGUCGGCGAUUUCGUGACGGAAACGGUGUCGUUCGGGAACUCGGGCGCGAUCCAUAACGUCGGCUUGGGGUGCGGGCACGAUAACGAGGGAUUAUUCGUCGGGGCCGCCGGGUUACUGGGCCUGGGCGGUGGGGCUUUGUCACUUCCUUCGCAAUUCAAAGCGACGUCGUUCUCGUACUGUUUGGUGAACCGCGAUUCGUCCACGUCGUCGACCCUGGAGUUCAACUCAGCACCACCCAGUGACUCGGUGACGGCGCCGUUGUUGAAGGACAGCAGGGUCGAAACGUUUUACUACGUGGGGCUGAAGGGGUUCAGUGUGGGCGGCCAACCGGUGUCGGUCCCACCUUCGGUUUUCGAGGUGGAUGAGUCGGGGAACGGCGGGAUCAUUGUGGACUCGGGCACGGCCAUAACUCGGUUACAGACGGAGGCCUACAACUCGCUACGGGACGCGUUUAAGAGAUUGACUCGGGACCUGCCGAGUGCGAGUGGAUUUGCACUGUUCGACACGUGUUACGACCUGUCGUCGCGGUCCAGGGUUCAGGUCCCAACGGUGUCGUUUCUGUUUGCUGGUGGGAAGUCGCUGAGUCUGCCCGCGAAGAACUACCUGAUUCCCGUGGACUCGGCGGGAACGUUUUGCUUCGCUUUUGCUCCGACGUCGUCGUCUCCGUCCAUCAUCGGGAACGUCCAGCAGCAGGGGACACGUGUGAGCUAUGAUUUGGCAAACAACCGCGUGGGUUUCUCGGCAAAUAAAUGUUAAAUUUGUGAAGUAAAAACAAAAAGAAGGUUAAAAAAAGGUAUUAGAAGUAAGUUUAGGUUUGGAGUUUGGGUUAGGAGGUAACAGGUUGGGAUUGUGAGUGAAAUAUUAUGUACGGGGAGCCGGGGCUACCUAUUUAUCUCUCAUAAAUUAUAAUCGGGUGAAAAAUGAAGAAAAAGAACAAGGUUGGUGGCUAAGGCUUUUACACCUGAAUUCGAUUUCUAUCCCGUAUAUUAAAAGUAUUUAUUACAGGUGCGGUGUUGGUGGUGGUUCUUGAAUUGUACACAAGACAGGCUGAGUUUAUUUUGAA